AUGCUUUCCUCGCUAUUUCGGCCCUCCAAGGGUCCAAGGAGACAAACAGACGAAAGAUCGCCUUUCUCUUCCCCUUCGCCUGAAGCUGUUCGACAAGGUCCUCCCAAUGAACGUAGUCCGCUGCUUCGUCCGCAUCAAAACAGUGCCACCAGGGGCGCGGAGAGAAGCGAAACGGACGACGACGACGAUGCAGACGACGCAGGUUUCAGUCAUGACGAGGAAGAAGCUGAGACUGGCAAUGAAGAUGGACACAGAUGCGAGACAUCUCUGCUGCCAAUCUUCUCUGCCGCUCACUUAGACGCUCUGCCUAUCUACAAUUUGACCCAUGCCAUACGUCUUCUCAUCGUGUCCAAAUGCGAAACCACAUUGACCUGGGACCAACUUCGGUCACCACAGGUAUCACAAUUUCUCCUCAAACCAAUUCAACAAGAAGUUCGAGCUGCACACUUUUCUAGAGCAACCGAAUAUGCGCUCAUGGCCAACUGUUUGCAGUUCAACAAGGAGAUUAGCCUGAAUCCUGGAAAUAGCGGCGCAAGCAAAACAAGGGCGUUGGUGUGUGAACUUCUUGCUAUCAAGCUAUUGAGGGAAUACUCGACCCGCGAGUUGAUAGAUGCUCUCUCGUACGACUUCGACCCGCUACAAGGACAGUCACAUCCUGAGAACAACACAAACAUGUCCCGUGUGGAAAGGACGGCAAAGCACAAUGCUUGGAGUCCUCCACGUCCAGCCAGAAUAUCAUGUCUUGAGAUUGCAAUCAGAGCACAAGCGAAGCGUUUCCUGGCACAUCCAUUGGUGGUGCAACAGCUAGAAGCCAUAUGGGCAGGUUCAAUAGUGUUUCAUGCCAUAGCUGAUACCCUUCAUCGGCCUGGAAAAGGAAUGAGGGAACAAACUGCUGACGCUCUUGAUCAACGCCACCAGCCAAAGUCCUUUUCGAAGUCAAGCAACAUAGCAAGACGAUCGGUUACGCUGUAUGACCCCCGAGACGCAUCGCUUUUCAAGCUCUCGCGGCUACGGGUUCCUCGGUACCGCUAUUUUCUUUCGACGGGGUCAUAUGCUAUCCUCCUCGGUCUGUUUCUUGCUGUACUGGCACAGAGAUCCUUGGAAAUUACCUCUCUGGAGAUUGUCUUCUGGUUCUGGUGUGCUGGAUACAUAUUGGACGAGAUUGUCGGCUUCAACGAGCAAGGUUUUAGUCUUUACUGGGCCAGCUUCUGGAACACAUUCGACCUAGGCAUCUUGCUACUCCUCAUUGGCCAUCUCUGCCUUCGUCUGUAUGGGAUCAUUAUGCCAGACACGCGCAAGCAUUCUGUUAGCAAUCUUGCAUAUGAUGUGCUUGCCGCUGAUGCGGUGCUGCUGUUUCCUCGGCUCUUUUCCGUGCUCGAUCAUUACCGCUACUUUUCUCAACUUCUCAUUGCCUUUCGCAUGAUGGCAUCGGAUCUGAUGGCGGUUUUUGUGUUGAUACUGAUCAGCUGCAGCGGCUUCUUCGCUGCUCUGACCCUGUCUUUUGGGGAUGAUACGAUCGAUAGUCCUGCCUCUGUCGCCUAUGCAUUAUUCCAAAUGCUCAUGGGGUUCACUCCUGCUGCAUGGGAUCGGUGGGAUAACUACAACGUGUUGGGCAAAACAAUCUUGACAUUGUUUCUCUUCAUCUGCCACUUCCUGGUCGUGACGAUCUUGAUUACUGUCCUCACUAACUCGUUCAUGGCGAUUGUGCAGAAUGCGAACGAAGAACAUCAAUUCGUGUUUGCCGUCAAUACGAUCUCCAUGGUCAAAUCUGAUGCGCUCUUCUCGUACAUCGCGCCAACCAAUAUAAUUGCUUGGUUUAUCACUCCUCUUCGAUACUUUGUCCCCUUUCGGCGAUUUGUGAAGAUAAAUAGGACGCUCAUCAAAAUCACGCACUUCCCUAUCCUCUUCUCCAUCUUCCUAUAUGAGAAAAUUAUGCUGAGGUCAUCAGUGGUUGACACAGUGGAGAUUAUUGAGCCUCGUGGAAGACCUCCGGCUGACAUCAAUCGAUCUGCUGGCAUCAGCAUCUUCACCCCUCACCCCCGGCGUCAGGUCAGAGAAGCCUCUGUUGCUACAUGGCGAAAAGAUCGUGCUUUAGCAGCAGUCUUCCGGCGACCAUAUGAUGGCACAUUACGGGACACGUCUAAGAGCCACACUCGACAAAGGACUAGCAAAGCUGUCACCAACUGGAUGCAAAAUCUCGGUGAAGAGGGAGUGAUGAGUCCACCUCAGGAGCAAGACCGCGCGGUUGUUGAUCGACUCGAAGGCCACCGGAUCUUUCAUCGAAGGCCACGAUUUGCUCGGCCCAGGAGAGAUCAUACUAAUAUAACACGGUCGAUAGCCUCGGAUCCAGAAGAUUUUGGUGGCUUCACAGAUGUGUUGACCCCCUCAGUUCAACGCCUCCCUGCUUAUCAAACGACUCCAUCUCAUGAGCCAAACCUAGAACAUGAACCUGAACCUGCGCAAGCAACUGAUGCUGAUGGAGACGACGAAUUGGUGACGAGUGACAACGAGGACGACGGAAUGAUAUUCCCUCAGAGACCGCACAAUGCCUCGUCUCCAGUAUCGCCGCUCCGUACAGCGAGACCAGACGGCUAUUUCUCAACCCGGUCUCCAAAGCCGAAAAACAGGGAGUCAUCGACAUCCGUCUCUUCUCCACCACUCGCACAAUCUAGAUCUUGGAGAGCGGAAGAACGGCAUACGCAAGGCGAGGUGACGAACCGUGUUGUUCAAAGGCAGCGCCCGAGACCUCACCUUCGAAACGUCUCUUCAGCGACCAUCAUCUACAAUCCUGUAACACGCGUGCAGUCGUCUCCACCAAGUAAGAAGCAGUCCGCUACCAGAGGUACAAAGUCGAUCGGCAUCCGUUCGCCAAAGUCCGGUGCCAUGACCCCUGCAGCGAAGUCGUUGUCAAAUACACCCGGACGUCGAACGCCGAAAAAGUUCGUAUCAGAGCCAGCCAGAGCACAAGCGAUCCUGCCGCCCAAGAAUGAUCCUACAUUUAUGUCUGCUCCAAACCUUACUGGCAUGAUGAGGAUGCACAAUCGCGGUGCUGAACAUCGAAGAUCAUCACUUGAUAUGGAUCUCGGCUCUGAUAUUGGCGAUAACAAAGCCAUAGGUGGUGGUUUCGUUGGCGCUAUACCAGCGUCAUUCGCAACCCAGAUGGCCUAUGCUACUGGUGGUCUCAGACGACAGGCUGCAGCAUCCGAGGACCAGGAGAUGUUCGGACGCUUGGUCCUGGCAAGGAUGAACAAGCUGGAAGAGGGAAUGAAAGAGGUCAUCCAUGAGAUGAGAGAAAGUAGGAUGAAUGAAAGCAACAACAGCCGUAGCAGAAGCAAAGAAAGGUCUUCAAGACCGUCACGGCAACCCAUGAAGAAGUCAAGGCACAGAGAGAAGGAGAAACGUGAUAGUGAAAAGGAGAAGCGUAGACCAGUCAUCUACGUUGGAGGCCCCAAGAGUCGGAGCGCUGCCGCCUCGAGCAAGGCGACGGACAAGGAGCAGGAUUGGGAGGAUGAAGCAGCAUUCGAACCUGCGAAAAGCGGAUCGAUUUGA